AUGAAGACCGCCAUCUUUCUCACCGCCCUGAUCAGCGCAGCUAUCGCUGCUCCCACUGCCAAUCCUGUCCCCGCGGCAGAUGUGAGCGAGCUUGAUGCUCGGGGCAGCUGCCCCGCUGGUCAAAACUGUGUCAGCGGCUACUGCAGUGUUUUCACUUGCGUGCCCGCCGGUACCAGCACUCAGUGCUUCACCUACAAAUACGGAAAGUGCUAG